GUGAUUUGUUGCUGUUAAUUGGCAGGAUUAGCAGAUGGCAAUGGUUUUGCAGGCGAAUGAUGCUCGAGAAUGGUGUUAUAGAGGAGAAGGAGCUGUCAAUCUAGUGCUUGCUUAUAGUGGAGAACAUCCUGAUUUUGGAACAGGGAAGAUUCUAGUAGUUAAGAAUAUGGAAUUUCACCUUCUUAUCUAGGCUAUUUGUCACUGCUUAUGUUUCCGUAAAUAUUGUGUUUUUUCUCUAUUUUUGGUUGAGAGUCUGUCGGAAACGGUUUCUCUGCUUAACAAGGUAAGGGCAAGGUUCGGGCUAUCCUCGGUGGAUCCCACUAGUGGACUAUACUGAGUAUGUUGUUGUAUCGUGUUUUUCAGCUUAUUCCUGAUAAAUUGAAAGAUAUAAAUAAAAAAGUUACUGGAAAUGAAUUUUGCUUUUCAUAAGCUGUAUAAUGAUCUGAUUCAUUGGGGGUACAUCAUCUCAUGAAGGUGUUGUUUUCAGGCUCGAAAAAGUUAAUGGAUUGUCUAAUAAGAGUAGUAGACUAUUUGGCUCUCGAGUUGUCUAAAUAAUUAAACGAAAAGAUCCUACUAAAAGAGUGCACUAGUGCUAAAUGUCAUUGUAUUCCUCCUUGGAAUACACUGUUUCUUUAACAAGUUAUUGACCUCAGCAAUAGCAUAGUAAGAGUGGCCUGAUGAGAGGAAUUAGUCCAACUUUUCUUGCCUACAAAUUCUACCAGAAGAAAGAGAGAUCUGAUCUGGAAAACAUGCUACUCCCUCCGUUUUAAUUUGUUGUUUGGUUUUGACUUGGGAAAACUGUCGUGGAGUUUAACAAACUUAAGAAGAAUUUUGAAUCUUUCGGUCUUUAACUAAAGAUAUGUAGAAUGUAUCAAAAUGUCCUUUAAUCUUGUGGUCUUGAACAUGUUGUGUGGAAAAUUAGAAUUAAAGAGAUGUCAAUAAAGGAAAGAAACAUUCUUUUUGAACGAACUAAAAAGGAAAGUAAGAUAAUCAAAUUGAAAUGGAAGGAGUAUUGUUGCUAGUUCAAAAGAAACUAUUUGUUUUUUGUAUAUCUCAGUAGCAUCCUCUUCUCCUGCGUUUUAACUUUUAUUUAGGUUGGAAAAGUGUUGCGGGUACAGAAGGUACCAAAGAAUGGAUCUCAACGCGAGAAUGGUCAUCCAGGUCUAACCGAGUUGGAACGCCUCAUGUGGAAAGAAUUCGAAGAGCUGGUAUCAGCUCCUACAAAAGAAAUGGCUGAAUACUGUUUUGUGCAGCAUGUGAUGUGCUCGCUGUUAGGUUCGAAGAAUGUUGAUGCAGGGAUUUACAUCCCUGUGACCCGAGAAUUUCUGGAAACAGUUGAUAACAAUGUUCUAUGUCAGCGUCCUUCUUGGCGUGUUGAUGCCGCUAUGGUCAACCCCCUGUGUGAUUCUGUACUGCUGAUAUCUGAUCAUUCGCUUUUCCCGCGUGGUGCACUUAAAGAAGACUUCUGUAUAUCUGUUGAAAUAAAGCCUAAAUGCGGAUUUCUUCCGCUUUCAGAAUUUAUUGCAUCAGAGAACAGUAUUAAAAGGACUGUAACUCGUUUCAAGAUGCAUCAGGCUUUAAAAUUGCACCAAGGAAAGAUAUCAGAGAUAAGUGCAUAUGAUCCAUUGGAUUUGUUUUCUGGAUCCAGUGAUAGGGUACACAAAGCAAUAAAGGGCCUUUUCGAGACCCCACAGAACAAUUUCCGAGUUUUCCUGAAUGGUUCUCUCAUAUUAGGGGGUUUAGGUGGUAAUGCAGACGCUACAAGCUGUGAAGUUGGUGAAACAUUUGAAAAUGCACUGAAGUGUGUAAUUCAAGCUGUAGAUGGACAGCGGACCCAAUGCUUCCUAGAUCUCAUUUCCAAGACCAUUUUUAGUUCAGGACUGCUAAAUAAGGUUCUUGAAGUCCAGAAGUUAGACAAUGCUGACAUUGAAGGUGCAAUUCAUGCAUAUUACAAUGUCAUUUCCCAACCAUGCGCGGUAUGCAAUAAACUAUCAGCUGAAGAUCAAUUGUCAGAAAGAUACAGUUCUUUGCAUUCAAUCUCGAAUGACGAAAGCAUGAAGAUUGUGAGGAAUUACUUGAUUGCUGCAACUGCAAAGGACCUGAGCAUGAUGAUUAGUUUUAGACCUCGCGAAGAUGGGAGUGUGGAAUCUCCAUAUAGCAUGGUUUCCUUAGAAUCAACCAACCAAAGUUUUGAUUAUAAGGCAUAUUUCAUCGACCUGGAUUUGAAACCUUUGGAGAGGAUGGAGUAUUACUACAAGUUAGACCAGCAGAUAGUCGGCUGCUAUGUUCAGAUGGUAAAAUCCAUGCAGCAGCUCAGCCACAUUGAAUGAUGAAAGCGCUGUUGGAGCUUGACAUAGGAGAUAAUUUUCUGGUAAUCAAUCGAAAAAUCAAUCAUUAUUAAUUAAUUCCUUUUUUUUUCCCUAUUAAUAAAUUUCCCACUAUAUAAAUGUCAUGAACUGAUAGUAACAUGCAAUCAAAUUUCACCCGAAGUGAUAAAACUUAAGACUGCCAAUUAAUACUGCUUUGUGGAAAAAUGAAAAAGGGCAGAUUCAAAAGGGACUUUUUUGUUAA